AUGGCCAAGUCGACCUCCCCCGGAUGGGAUCCUGUCUUACUCAUUUCUCAGAUUGUCUCUCUGCAGACUUUGCAUUAUCUGACGCUGGCCGUCCUCCUGCCGCCACUUCUCAUCAUAUUCGCGGAACCAAGUGCUUUGGAAUAUCAUGGUGGUGCUGCAAAUGUCGGUAUGGUGAUGGACUGGCGUGAAAUGGCCGGACGAUCGACAUCGCGCAUGAGCCAGGGCUCUUGGAACUCAUGGAACUCAGUUUGGAGCGGUGGGAAGCAAGUCGGUUCAGGAGAUGUGCUGGAAGGCCAGUGGGAUGGGCGGAUAGAUCCCUUACGCGGUUGGAUUAUCGCCACAUGUUGGAUGGCCGCAUCUGCUGCCGAUAUUUACUACCUUUAUAUCCUCAUUCGACGACCGCGACUGAUUUUAGACUUCUCUCUGACAUUGAUCUUCAACCAUCUCGUGCUGACGACGUACUACUCAAACUCCAUCCCUACUUCACUCUUCUUCUGGGGGGCCAUAGUGGCCAGUACGGUUCUUAUGGUGAUAGUGGGAGAGCAGCUUUGUGUCCGGAGGGAGAUGACGGAGGGACUCACGGUCGUGUCUUCUAAUGACGCAGAUGACGUGGAGAUGGGAAAUCUGCUGAGACGAGAUUAG